CCCUCUUCCCCACUGGUUGCGCGACCUGCCAAUCCGCGUCGUAAUCCUGCAGGAAUUUCCCUCAGGCUUCAACUAGGAGUCGCGCUCGCACAGCCCUGGGAAAGGAAAGCCGAGCGCAAAAACGCGAGUUAGAGCGCGGCUUGCGACGACGACCGCCGAGGCUCCGCUCCCUUCUCCCCGCGGACAACUCCGGCGGCGCCUCGGCCAAACUUUGUGGCGUUGCCUGUGCGCCUCUCUUGGCCGGACCCGGCGCGAGGGAGAGAAAGAGGGGUUGAGUCCGACAAAGCGGCGAGGAGGUGAAGGCGAGUGAGCGGCGGCGGCGGCAGUCCGGAGCAGCCCACCAGCCCAGCCCCUUCCCUUUUUGCUCCCCACAAGCCAGCCAACUCCUCCCUGAAGCGAGCGAGCGAGGAGGAGCGGCGGCGUCUGCAGGAGCAGAGACCAGGGAAGAGGGGGAGCCCGCGAGCCCGUCGCUUCUGCCGGCGAGGAGGGGGGAGGAGGAGGAUUACUCGCAGGACCUGCCUGGGAAUCUCUCCUCUCUCGCGCGCUCUCCUAUUUUUUUGUGUGUGGAGGGGGGGACGGGUCCUUCGAAGCCACAGCUUGCAAGCCCGGGAAUAAUGUGGAACGUGUGGAUACUGCUUGCUUUCGCCUCGGCGGCCUGCGUCUCGGCAGAGACGAGAGCAGCAUUGACCUCCGAUAAAGACCUGUACCUUGACAACAGCUCCAUUGAAGAAGCAUCAGGAGUCUAUCCAAUUGACGACGAUGAUUAUACUUCAGGUUCAGGCUCAGGGGCUGAAGAAGAAGAAGAAGGCGAUAACACGCCAAUAGUGGUGCCAUCAAGAACUCUUCCAAAGAUGCCGCCAACUAGCGAUGCUCCCAGAACUGAGAAAACCACGCUGAAAAUGCAGACCAAGUCGCCUGAAGAGAUUGAUAAAAAGAGGAUUCUCAAGCCUGAUGCUGAAAACAAAAAUGCUAAGAAUGAACCAGGUGAAGACACUGACGUAUUCACCCAAAAACACUCAGAAAACCUUUUCCAGAGAACAGAAGUAUUGGCAGCUGUUAUCGCCGGUGGAGUUAUUGGUUUUCUCUUUGCAAUCUUCCUUAUCUUGCUUUUGGUAUAUCGCAUGAGAAAGAAGGAUGAAGGCAGCUAUGACCUUGGAGAACGCAAACCAUCCAGCGCUGCCUACCAGAAGGCACCUACUAAGGAGUUUUAUGCAUAAAACUCUUAACUCUUAAGUGUCUCUGUUUAAGAGAUCACUGAACUUUUUAAAUAAAGCUUUUUUUUGCAUAGAAUAAUGAAGAAACCUUUUUUUUUUCAUUAAAGAGCCUUUAUGGCACCUUUAUGAUAAAAAAAAUCCCAUUGUAUUUAAAACUUUUCAUGUAUUCCUUUUAAGAAAAUGUAAAGUAAAAUCUUAACAUUUUGCAGUGUUCUGUGAAUAACAGUGGCAAAACAUUAUUUUAUACAGCCAUUGAUGUUCACUGAAUCAUUUAAAAACUUUAUGCAUAAAUGAAAAUGAUUGUUUUUAUCCUAUGGUUCAAUGAAAGUUGUUUAAUUUUUGUCAGCAUGUCUGAUUGAUCUUACAAGUUAGUUUUUAUUUCAUUAAUUUAUCUGUUUCCAAAAAAAUAAAAUAAACAUAAAAUGCCUUUUUGUAGUUGUCAUGGUGCAAUUUGUCUUCGGAUAACUCAGAUAAUGGUAACUCUUAGUGUAAAUGUAUUUUUUCAGCUAUGUAAACUUUAACCUCCACUUUGUAUAAAUUUUAGUGUCAGAAAAUCCAUUUUACACCUUGCUUUGUUUCUCAGUGUUCCUAUAGCUUCAUUGAAACUUACAGCAGCAAAUUAAUGUGUAAAAUUGGACUAUUACUGCAAACGAUGUAGUCGUACCCGUACAAAAACAAGUCUUCUUUAUGGGAGAUUUUGCAGUAAGCUACUGACAAGCCUAUACAAACCCAAAGACUCUUAACAGUAUUCCAAGAUGUUGCUGCAAAUUUCUAUGGCCACUGUUGGUUAAUUUCUUGCAAUUUGAAGGUACGAGUAGGAAUUGGAAAAGAAUCCUUUUUUUUAAUUGUUCUUUUAAAAAUGCAUUUAAGUUGUAAACGUCUUUUAAAGCCUUUGAAGUGCCUAUGAUUCUAUGUAACUUGUUGCAGACUGGUGUUAAUGAGUAUAUAACAGUAAAGAGAGAGAGAAAAAAGAAAAUGUUGGUAUUUUAUAAGCACAGACAAUUCUAAUGGUAACUUUUGUAGUCUUACAUGGAUAGACAUAAAUUGUAAUUUGGGAACAUAAACACUACUGAAUAAAUCAUGUGGCCUAAUACUGAAA